CGCAGCACAAAUAGCACAGGAGGAGAUGGAGGAGCAAAGGAAGAGUUUAGAAAUUGAUUCUCCACAAGCGGAACAAAGAGGAAAAAAUGGCCAGAGACCUCAGCACUGCAGUGGGCCUGACAAAGCUCACCCACCAGCCGCAAAGGGAAACAGAGUGCAUCGUUGUGUCGUGUGUGGAAAGGCUUUCGCCAAGAUGGACCACCUCAGACGACACCAACGCAUCCACAGUGGGGACAGACCCUUCAUCUGUGAGCAGUGUGGAAAGGGUUUUACUCAGUCGAGUGAUUUAAAAAAGCACCAGCUCAUCCACAGUGGGGUUAAACCAUUCAGCUGUGAGCAGUGUGGGAGGUGUUUUAUUCGGAAGAGUGAUUUAAAACAGCAUCACUUCGUCCACAGUGGGGUUAAGCCAUUCAGCUGUGACCACUGUGGAAGGGGUUUUACCUGCGUUAGUAAGUUACAGAGACACCAGCUCAUCCACAGUGGGGUUAAACCAUUCUGCUGUGGUCAGUGUGGAAGGAGUUUUAAUGAGAUGAGUGAUUUAAACAGUCAUCAGCUCACUCACAGUGGAGUUAAACCAUACAUCUGUGAUCAGUGUGGAAAGGCGUUCACUUGCAUUAGUAAAUUAAAACGACACCAGGUCACCCACAGUGGAAUUAAAGCAUUUGUCUGCGGCGAGUGUGGAAAGGCUUUUACAGAGAAGGGUGAUUUGAAAAGACACCAGUUUGUCCACAGUGGGGUUAAACCAUUCACCUGUGAGCAGUGUGGAAAGUCUUUUACUUGCCCGAGUAAAUUAAAAACACAUAAGCUCAUCCACAGUGGAAUUACAGCAUUCACCUGUGAGCAGUGUGGAAAGGGUUUUGCUUUCAGUGGGAUCUUAAAGAAACACCAGCUGAUCCACAGUGGGGUUAAACCAUUCAAGUGUGAUCAGUGUGGAAAGUGUUUCACUCGCAGGGGUGAUUUAAAAACACACCAGUUCACCCACAGUGACAUUAAGCCUUUCAGCUGUGAGGAGUGUGGAAAAGGUUUUGUUAGCCACAGGAGCUUAAAAAGACAUCAGCUCAUCCACAGUGGGGUUAAAGCAUUCAUCUGUGGGGAGUGUGGAAAGGCCUUUACUGAGAUGGGUGAAUUGAAAAGACACCAGUUUACCCACAGUGGGGUUAAACCAUUCAGCUGCGAUCAGUGUGGAAAGUGUUUUAGUCAGAAAGGUGAUUUAAAAAAUCACCAGCUCCUCCACAGUGGAAUUAAACCAUUCAGCUGUGGUCAGUGUGGAAAGGCCUUUACGCUGAUUACUAACCUACGGAGACAUCAGCUCACCCACAGUGGGGUUAAACAGUUCAGCUGUGGUCAGUGUGGAAAGGCCUUUAAUCAUAAAAGAUACUUAAUAAACCAUCUGCAAACCCACUCUGGACAUAAGCAGUAAAUGUGUGACGUCUGUGGAGAAGCAGCCUAAAACCAAAGCAUGGACACUCCGCAGUGGCAUCCAUCGUCUGCCUUUUAUCCAAAUUAUUGGAGUUCUGAAGUAACACUGUAACCAGAGAGACCCUCAAAUCCCUCUCUAUGGUAAUAACAUCAUCGUAUCAUUUUAAAAUCUUUUGAUUCAUAAAAUGUUAUUAAAGAAUGAACAGUGGGGUACUGGGAUCGCCACUCCUUGCUUUGUACACUAUUCUUACUGCUUUCUUUUAAACAUACUGAGUUUGUCAUUGUUUUAUGUUAAUCCCCCCCUGUUGACCCAGUAGAGCAAGUAUGGAGCUACAUACAAUACAGUAGAGUUUUUAAAGACAAUCCAUAUUUACAAGUCCUCUUUGUGUAAUAAAGUUUUUUUCUUAGAAAAAAAACUGUUAAGAUGUGUUUCAUGGGGUGGGGGUGGGGGGCAACUUCAUUUACAAUCUAACAAUACACCUAUGAACUUUAGUUUUGGAUCCAUCAUCAGUUUCAACAUUGUUUAUGCUGAAUUUACUAUUAUGAUUUAUUGGUUGAUUUCCAAAUGGAUAGUGGAUGUUCUUAAAUUUUAUAAUAACCCAUUUAUAAGAAACAGUUUUUAUACCUUUACAGUACCCAGGAGCUGAUCCAGGAUUUCCUCACUGACAAACACAGUGGUAUUUAAAUCAAUACAUUCUAUUUAGUUUAAAUACAGUAUAAAAAGUAAAGGACUAAGUACUGAACCUUGUGGUGGGUUAUAAGAAGGAAGGAGGCCAAGGACUAGUGAGUGUCAGAGCCACUAACCAGGACGAAACAACAAAUAUCCAAUGUGUACCUCGAGAAGAUAGCCACAACUAAUCACGUUAAGGAGCAGAUUUACAGAUUCCCAUAGGUUCACACAGAACCAGUGUGGAGCACGCUCACUUCUUCUGAAGUGUUGCUGUAACGCACACUUAUACACCUCCUACUGUCAUCAGUCAUCAGCCCAACUUUUUCUCGUCGAUCAGUCGUGUAGUUUUAACAAACUUCACAGGACAAAAGAUGGAAAUGUUUAACCCAGAAAAGCCUGAUGUAACACUAGCCCUACAUUUUAUUAUUGUGUAGUAAACAGAGGCUCCCUCCAUCAGGAGCAAAUGACUCCC